CCCAGGGCCGCGUUUAGACCCCCAGCAAAGACGAAAGCUGUAGUCUGCUCCUAAAAAUGGCGUCCGAUCCAGAUAUGGCGGAUGUUUCCGAAAUUGAUUCAGGGAUGGCUGACGUCUGCUAUUCAGAAGUCGAAAUCCCCGUCACCGAGGUUGAAAUUGAAAGUAUUCCAAUGGAAAAUAUCGAAACGAUUCCGGCUGAGAACAUUGUCACAAUCCCGGUCGACAACAUCGCAAAUGUGGCAACGGUAGAAACUGUUGAAACGAUCGAAGGGCAACCGAUGAUCGCCCUUCAGCAGCUGUCCGAUGACCAAGACGAAAUCGUUUUGCAAACAAGAGAAGAGGUGGUUGGAGAUGUUGACGAUUUCGGAGGAUCUACAUAUAUCAUAGAUUCGGUACCUGUUCCGAAUAACGAUUUGGAUGAUCACUUUGGAAGCACUUCAAAGCGAAAGAAGGGUAGGAAAACAUCAAGAACGAGAGUUCUGGCCAGCGGCGAAUCCGUGUUCGAUGGUGGAGAGAGAGGCAGCAGAAAAUGGGAACAAAAGCAAGUGCAAAUCCAGACAUUGGAGGGAAAAUUUUCGGUCACAAUGUGGGCUUCAGAAGACAAAAAGAAUCUUUCGGAUGAUCCAGACCUGGGCUCGCAGCAGGCGUUGUCUCCAAGUCAGGACCAGGGGCAUCACAGUUCAUAUGAGCAGCCGCCAGACUACUCCGAGUACCUGACCGGCAAGAAGUUGCCCCCAGGAGGCAUACCUGGAAUUGACCUGAGUGACCCUAAACAGCUGGCUGAAUUCGCCAGAAUAAAACCGAAGAAGCCGAAAGAUGAUGAUUUACCGCGGACCAUAGCGUGCCCGCACAAGGUACAUGGCUGCACCAAGAUGUUUCGGGAUAACUCGGCCAUGCGUAAGCAUCUGCACACCCACGGGCCGCGCGUCCACGUCUGCGCCGAGUGCGGCAAAGCCUUUGUUGAGAGCUCCAAGCUGAAACGACAUCAGUUGGUGCACACAGGGGAGAAACCAUUCCAGUGCACGUUCGAGGGUUGUGGCAAGCGUUUCUCCCUGGACUUCAAUCUGCGCACUCAUGUCCGUAUCCACACAGGGGAUCGUCCCUACGUCUGCCCGUUCGACGGCUGCAACAAGAAGUUCGCCCAGUCCACCAACCUCAAGUCCCACAUCUUGACCCAUGCGAAGGCCAAGCCCAUUAUCCCAAUGUGAACCCCCAGAACUUCCCAGAAUUUCGAGCGCGAUUUGUUCUUCAGUGCAGACAAUUGUACACAAGGUUUUACAUUCUUAAAAUCAGGCAGCAGGCUUUUCUUACAGUAACAAUAUAAGGAAAUACUUGGCUCUUGAAGGAAAACACUGUCAUUCCACAAAAGCAAAAUCUUUUUUUGGAAAGGCUGUUUUAUCUAUGCCUUGAUUACAAAUUUGCUUUACCUGCACUCCAAAAUUCCAUGGGCACAUUAUUAAAAGUCACAGCGUCAUCAACGUUGCCAAAAACUUCAAAGGGUUGAGUAGUCCACAGUUUAUGUGUUGUAUAUCAAGACCUCGGAAUUUUUGUAAAAUUGAUUAAAUCAAUGCGAUUUGGCAUCUUCCAUUCUGCUGACUGUGCCUCCCAUUGGAGUAGGAGAGGUUGAACUGUGAGCAUUGAACUAUAUUUUGCAUAUAGCUUUGGGUGAUACCAUUAAUACAACCUCUACUUAGAAGUAUAAACUUCAUAUGUACUCUCUUAGCCCCCCUCUCUCUCAUGGAGAGAGAUACCCUAUCCGUCAAGAUCUAUGAGGUGACAGGUUUCAACAGUUCUGUAAAUUGGGCUCAUAUUGGUACAAUUGACAGGCUGUGGUAGUUUUGGUUAAACUGAGGGUACCAUGCUUUGACUGACAUUGAUAGAUAUGGUGAUUCAGCGCCUGUCAAUAAUGGAUUUAGUUCAGUGACAACGAAGGCACAAAAGGUUCACUCAUGCAUAUAUUCCAGCACAACAAAGGCAUUGCCCUCUAAGAUGGCUGCUACCCAAGUUGUAGCGGUAUUCAAGGUCACCCUAUCUAUUGAACCCCUACAACAGGUUAUGACAGUUACGUGGUCUAAUCCAUGGGGGUUCAGGCAGUUGGUGACCAGCCUGUACAAAAGCUGUGGGAGAGGAAGUGGAUAGAUUUUGUUGACGGUUUGCGACAGUUCUAUCAGUUGGAGGGUUAGUGGUCAACAUGCUAAUCGUAACUGUUAUGGAGGGACCCUUAU